AUGAUGCGCUGUGUAUCUACACUGGUAUUGCUAUCACUCGUCACGAUCGGAUUAUCGUUUUCGAGUACACGACCGUCGUCGGCAUCGUGGAGCCGACCGAGGAGGGCCACUCGCACAGUCGUGUCGGCAAUCCCGGAUGGAUCGGCACCGGCAAGGCGUGCUUUCCUCGUUGGAUGUUUGUCCUCUUUGGGUGCCUUUGCGGUCGCACUCCCGUCCAACGCCAUUCCCAUGGUGACCGCCGACGAAUUCAACAUUAUCCUGCGCGACUCGUCCCGUUCCAUUACUCGGGUCGAGUUCUCCGGCCCGAAGUCCGAAACCGUAACGGUCCGACUCGUUGACGGUACAGCGUUCGGCAUCAAAGAUAUUGUCGAGAGUUCGACGGAUCCGCGGUCUCCCUUGAAGAUUGCGGCGGCUUGUCGGGAAAGCGGAGUGCCUUCCAAGUUUGUCGAGCUGGAAGCCGUCCUGGCGAAUGCCCCCAAGAAAAAGAAACUGUACACCAACCAGCGGGUAGCGGAAGCCAACGAAAAGGAAAAAGAACGACUGGCACGAAUUGCACAAGACGAGGAGAAUCGACUGGCAGAAUUGUACCGCAUGGAAGUAGCCGAAGCCGAACGACUGGCUUCCUCGAAGAAGUAA